GUACCUCCCUCGUCAGAUAAAAUUGAUUUUAUAUUUUAUAAAAAUUUAAAGUCGGUCAUGGAAUGAUUAUUUUACCUCCAAAUUAUAAUCCAAAUGUUACAAUUGCAUCAUAUCCUGUUAUUGUAUCAAUAAAUGAUCAAUUAUAUGAUCAAAGAGUUACUAAAAAAUUUGUUUUGCCAUUAGUAGAAUUUGCUCAUGUUACACGAGAUAAUAUAAGUAUUGUAUUAUUUGAUGCACAUGGUAGUACCGGACAAGAUGAAAAUUAUUUAAAAAUUACUGAAUCGAAUUGGAUUCAAAGUCAAUAUGAAGAUUAUAUAAAAGUUGCAAAACAUCUUAAAGAACAUGAAAAAAAAUUUAAUGAAACAUUGAAUGCAACACGAUUUGGACUUAAAGCAAGAGGUCCUGCUGCAGUCAUAGCAUUAAAAUUACUUGAAAAACCGAAUUCUGGAAAAGAUGAAUAUAUUUGUGCAUUUCUUGAAUCACCUGUCCAUGAUUUAUCUCAUUAUCAUGCUGUUUAUACUGAACGUAUCAGUGGAUUAGAAAAAAAAUCUAAAUCAUCUCAUCAAUUUAAUAUGCGAAAUAAAAGUGUAGCUAUCAUUCAUGGAACAGCUGAUGAGGAUGUUCAUUUUAAACAUUCAGCAACAUUAGCUAAAACAUUUAUUGAAACAGGUGCCACUUUUCAAUUCAAAGUUUAUCCUGAUGCUGAUCAUGAUUUUGGAAAAAAUCCAACUUUGCAUGAUGAUUAUUUUCAUUUUCAACGACAAUUUUUUCAAGAAUGUCUUGGUAGUCGUGUUAAUAAAGAACGAAAAUUAGUUAUACCAGAAGAAUAUGAUUAA